AUGGGUCAAAAUCAAGAUCCUGAUGGGGACGUUCAAAUGACAGACCUUGGAGUUGAAACCCAAUUCCAAGAAUCAUUAAAAAGUGCACAAGAUAAAAUUAUUGGGAGCCUGAGUGGAAGUUUUCAAAACCUAUUUGAUGAAAAUAAGAAACUCCAAAAUCAGCUGACCGAACUAAAAGAUGAAUUAAAGAGACUGAAAAGUUCCUCACCAGAAUCUUUAUGCAAUGUUGAAGGUGAGCUUUGGAACAUUAAGGAUUUUAUAACUGCGAAACUAAAUGAAAGUUUCGAAAAUCAAAAAAAGGAAUUUUACAAGCAGAUGGAUCUAUUCAAAGAAGAAUUGAAGGACCAGAAUAGCGCCCCUUUAAAUGAGCUUAAGCAUGUUAUUGAAAGUGAAUUUCAAAAUAUUAAAGAUAAAUUAAAUCCCAGUGUGAGUAAGCAGGAUAAAGGAACAGAAUUAGAUCAAUUACGAAAAGAAAACAUGGAAUUAAGGCAAUUGAAUAAUAAAUUGAAAGACGAAAACUCGAACUACCAAGUUACUAUAGGUAAUGCGACUAGAUAUCGAUUUGCUGACGAUGAUCAAAAUAAUUCUGUUCAUUUAAACAAAGACAUUAAUGACCUGAAUGAUAGAGUUUCUAAGUUUGUUACUAAUUUGAAAAAGGACGUCAAAUUACAUUCAGAUAAGGUUUCAGAACUUUUUCUCCGAUAUAAAUGUACUAAAGACACCAAAGAAGAAGGUCCACAACUCGAAAAGGAGGUCUUACGACGUUUCGUAAUUGAUACAAUUAUUCAAGUAUUCAAUGAAUCUUUAAAUUCCGAAAAUUCCUAUUUUGAAAAGGAAGUAAUGAAUGAUCUAAAAUCGUUAUUGAAUAAAUUAAACUCAUUAACUAAUACAGAAUCGGGUAGCAACGACAUUAAGAAAUCAAUUAUAAUAAAAAUACGGCAACAAAUUUAUGCUAUUCUCGGGAGCUCGGCAUUUACAGAACCAGAACAUCCGUUUAUAAAUAAUUGCAAAACACAACUUAUUAACACAAUGAAUCAAUAUCGCACUAUUACUAAUGAAUCUAAGAGAAAGGAAAUUGAAGGUCAUGCUUCAGCCCUUGUUCGUGAUGUUAUUAGUAUAUUUUAUUUUCGAAGGCACGUGCAGGAGCCAAUAGUAAAUUAUACGUGGAUUGACAAUGAUGAGCCCAUAGAUUCACUAACUAUGACAGGCACUUGUGCUUGGAACGAGGAUGAAAUUGAUGAAUUAGUGGUACAACUUUGCUCAUUUCCACUUUUUGGAAUAAAACUAGAGGAUCAUGACAAAAGACAAUUCUAUACUCAGGCUCGUGUUAUCGCAAAAGAGGGUAAAUCAUUACCUCCAGAGAAACUAAGACAACGUGCGCAUGGAUAUAUGCGGUCGGGCAAAUAUGACAGAUCUCUUAGCAUCGUAAAUAAAUUAUUAGAAGUUGAGCCAAAUGAUACGCUCGCGUUAAAACUACGUGGAGAGAUACAUUAUAGGUGA